AAGAAAGCAACUAACCAACACAACCUCAUAACAAUUAAUUCCAUUUAUUCAUUUUUUUUUUUAAAUUUCUUCCUAAAUAUCUCAUUAUUCUCUUUUAUAAUCCAUUCUCUUACAAACACAACACAAAGAAAUCAUAAUCACAAACACAAAAUUCCAGAGAAUUUUCUUUUUCUAUCUGUCUCUGGUUUUGCUCCAAAAUAUUUGCAUUUUCUUUUUGUUUUGCAGUUUUCUGGCUACGAUCAGAGCUUGCACGAGCCACACGGUGUUUAAUCUCGGAGAAGAAUAAAGAAAAUGGAGUCGUUUUGUCAAGAGUCAAGGCUUUAUGGUGGUAAUAUACAGAUAGUCAUCUGCACAUGGAGUCAGUGAAGAUUCUUCCAAAGGCCGCAAACAUUCUCAGAAGGAAACUGUGAAUUCUCACUCUUCAAGGAAAACCCCAAAAUUGUCAAAUGAAAGUAGAGAACCACCCGUUGUUUGGUUGACUCCAAUUAUAUGGGCAUUUAUGUAUUUGUCUUGUUGGAGUAGAAGUUGAGAGAUGGGUGCGGCUGAUGAGGAGGAGCCGAGUGGUGGUGCAGAGAAAAUUCUUGUUUCAGUUCGAUUGCGGCCUUUAAAUGAGAAGGAAACUGCAAGAAAUGAUGUAUCAGAUUGGGAAUGCAUUAAUGAUAACACUGUCAUUUAUAGGAAUAAUCUUUCAGUUUCAGAGAGGUCCAUGUACCCAACUGCUUAUGCAUUUGACAGAGUAUUUAGGCCUGAUUGCACCACGGGGCAGGUGUACGAGGAAGGAGCCAAGGAAGUUGCACUUUCAGUUGUCAGUGGUAUAAACUCAAGUGUAUUUGCAUAUGGACAAACAAGCAGUGGAAAGACAUACACCAUGAGUGGGAUUACUGAGUAUACUGUAGCAGAUAUAUAUGACUAUAUGGACAAGCACAAGGAAAGAGAAUUUGUUUUGAAGUUCUCUGCCAUGGAAAUUUACAAUGAAUCUGUCCGAGACCUUCUUAUUAUGGAUACAACUCCUCUUCGGCUUCUAGAUGAUCCAGAGAGAGGGACUGUUGUCGAGAGACUCACAGAGGAAACUCUAAGGGACUGGAAUCAUUUUAAAGAACUUUUAUCUGUCUGUGAAGCUCAGAGACAAAUAGGGGAGACUUCCAUGAAUGAGACAAGCUCAAGAUCUCAUCAGAUUCUGAGACUGACGAUGGAAAGUUCUGCUCGUGAGUUUAUAGGCAAUGACAAGUCAAGCAACCUUGCAGCUACUGUGAAUUUUGUUGAUUUAGCAGGAAGUGAGCGUGCAUCUCAAUCUUCAUCAGCUGGCAUGAGGUUGAAAGAAGGUUGCCACAUAAAUCGCAGUUUACUGACAUUGGGAACUGUUAUUCGCAAGCUAAGCAAAGGAAGAAAUGGGCACAUUCCUUUCAGAGACUCAAAGCUGACACGCAUACUGCAGUCUUCCUUAGGAGGCAAUGCUAGGACUGCCAUCAUCUGUACUAUAAGCCCUGCACGAAGCCAUGUUGAGCAGUCUAGAAAUACCCUCCUGUUUGCAAGUUGUGCUAAGGAAGUGUCAACAAAUGCACGUGUCAAUGUGGUUGUUUCUGAUAAGGCAUUGGUAAAGCAACUGCAAAGGGAAUUGGCUAGAUUGGAGAGUGAACUGAGAAGUGCAGGGUCAGAUUCUGUUACAUCAGUUUCCACAGCAGUACUAAAAGAGAAAGACCUUCAGAUUGAAAAGCUAAUGAAUGAGGUUGUGGAGCUGAAUCGGCAACUGGAGCUCGCUCAUUGCCAGGUUGAGAAUCUAUUAAGAGUGGCAGAAGAUGAUAGAUCUUCAACAAUAUCAGGAGAUGCAGAUCAUCAUUACCCUAGAUUGCGAGUGCGAUCAUUUAGAUCUGUAAAUUCAGUGUCGUAUUCACCUGCUUCAGUGGAUCCUCACUUCCUAGAUAUUGGCACCAGGUCUUUUGAUGCAUCUCAGUGCUCAGCUGGAGAUAAUAGUAGCACUUCUGAUGAAACCUUUAUCCAUCUCGCUGAGUUUGAAGAGAACUUUGUUCAAACAAAUGCCUCUUCGGAACUGUCAAAUUGUAAUGCUAAUCCUGUUGAACAUGAUCUACAUGUGAAGAAUGGCGAAGACGAAAAUCGUGAAAAUUUAGGAAAUAUUUGCAAGGAAGUUCAGUGCAUCACGGAUGGGGAGUCAAGUGUAAAUAGAUACGAAAGUUCGCAAAUGUUUGAAACCAGUCCACACAGAUAUCCGGAUUCUGAUAUGUCAUCUCCUAAUGUAAACACAGGCACCUCGGGACUGACAGAGGCUGAAAAUGAAGAUAGAGAAAAUCAAGAUCUAGGGUCACCCCAGUUAAAGGAACAGAAUGAGUUGAAUUUCUUACAUUCUAAUUUUAUAAAACCAAUUCCUGAAAAAACAUCCUCAUGGCUGUUGGAAGAGGGGAUGUCUACUUCUAGAAGCUUGAAGAUGACCAGGAGUAGAAGUUGCAGAGCAAGACUUAUGGAUAUGCGUGCUUGUUUGUUUGAGAAGAUAGAAAAUAAUAACAGCACACCAUUGGUGGGGUUUGAGAACGAUUCCCCUAAGAGAACUGAGGUAUCUGAAACAACACUUACUGCACUGAAGCCUUGUCCUGAUGUUCAAGAGCUAUCAAGAAAUGUUUCUGCAAUUUCUGUUGUUAGUGCAGCCAUUGAUGAUUAUCAAUUGCAGACUGUUGAAGCUUCCAUUGAUUGGAAGAGUAAAACUAGUGUCAGUAAUUCAGAUGCCGAAACAAAGUACUUGGUUGAUCAUUUGGAACAAGAAACGACUUCACAUGCCAUUGAAUCUAAAAAGAACGUAAAAGAUAUUGGGUUGGAUCCAAUUCAAGAUGAUUUAGAUAGCGCUACGAAGUGGCCUUCAGAAUUUAAGAGGCUUCAAGGGGAGAUCAUUGAACUUUGGCAUGUGUGCAGUGUCUCACUGAUUCACAGGACCUACUUCUUCCUGCUGUUCAAGGGGGAUUCAACUGAUUCCUUCUACAUGGAGGUGGAGAUCAGGAAGCUAUCCUUCCUCAAGGACACAUUUUCGAAUGGUCGUGAAACUAUGGUUGAUGGAAGAAUUUUAAGUCUUAAUUUAAGCAAGAGGACCUUGAAUCAUGAGAGGCAGAUGCUAUGUAGGCAAAUGCAGAAGAGGCUCUCUAGAGAAGAGAGAGAGAACCUUUUUCUGAAAUGGGGUAUUGCAUUAACUGCAAGCAAUAGAAGAAUGCAGUUGGUUCAUCGCUUGUGGACUAAGACAACAGACAUGGACCAUAUUAUAGAGAGUGCCACUCUCGUUGCAAAACUGAUUGGGUUUGAAGGUCAGGAGCAAACUUUGAAGGAGAUGUUUGGGCUUCUCAACUUUACACCCCAACACCCAAGCAGGAGGAAGUCUUCUAUUUGGAAACGCGGUGUAUUAUCUCUUUUGUAAGUUUUCAUGGAGCAUCUUAGAGUAAAAAAGUUCGUGGCUAAUUAAUGAUUCAGACAGUACGAGUACAGGUAGAUAAUUCGUCAACUUAAACAUACUAUUCAUUUGGAAUUCCUGAUUCUAACUGCUAUUGGUUGUGAGAGAGUUUGUAAAUCUGUUCAUGCUAGAAAUAUUUUAUUGUUGUAAGGCUGAUGUUUCCACUUAUCUACAUUUUCAUUUUUGGGGUGUAACAAGAAGAAAAAUAUGUACAAUGAGUGUCCAAAUAUGAUUCUGUAAUAUGUAUUAGCUUCAUAAGAAAGUCUCUUGAUUGUAGUGAUGAAAUUUAAUGACCUAGGGAAAUUAUGAAUCUGUAUUGUAUAUGAAAGUUGUUACUGCCAUUUUUCCCUUUU